GGCUGCUCCCGCAGCGGGUGGCUCUGGCUGUUGCUGUGGUUGCCUGAGUUGCUGCGGCAGCGGCGGCGGCUGUGCUGGUGGCUGUGGCGGCCCUUGGGCGGAUGUUGACAUUGUGUUUUGUUGUUGCUGACGGUAAUGGCGGCGGCGGCCCGGACCCCAGCCCCUCUGUAGCCUGAGUCGAGACAGCCAAGAGCCAACUCCGAGGCCUCUGAGCCCGCGGCGGCGACUCCCCUCAGCUUCGGCCGCCUCGCAGCCCGUAUCCCGGCCACGGUCCUCGGAGUCGGGCUCCUUCGGGCAGGGGUCGCGGAGGCCCAGGAUGGCGGAUUUCGACGAGAUCUAUGAGGAGGAGGAGGACGAGGAGCGGGCCCUGGAGGAGCAGCUGCUCAAGUACUCGCCGGACCCGGUCGUGGUCCGCGGCUCCGGUCACGUCACGGUAUUUGGACUGAGCAACAAAUUUGAAUCAGAAUUCCCUUCUUCAUUAACUGGAAAAGUAGCUCCUGAAGAAUUUAAAGCCAGCAUCAACAGAGUUAACAGUUGUCUUAAGAAGAACCUUCCUGUUAAUGUACGUUGGCUACUUUGUGGCUGCCUUUGUUGCUGCUGCACAUUAGGUUGCAGUAUGUGGCCAGUUAUUUGUCUCAGUAAAAGAACACGAAGAUCGAUUGAGAAGUUAUUAGAAUGGGAAAACAAUAGGUUAUACCACAAGCUGUGCUUGCACUGGAGACUGAGCAAAAGGAAAUGUGAAACGAAUAACAUGAUGGAAUAUGUCAUCCUCAUAGAAUUUUUACCAAAGACACCGAUUUUUCGACCAGAUUAGCAUUUACUUUAUUUAUAGAGACUUUCCAAGUAUGUUGUCUUUCCAAUGGUGCCUUGCUUGGUGCUCUUCUGGUGGUGACAUAACAUUGGUUCUACAGAAUCGUGUGGUGGUUUUCUGUUGUGUUUUUUUUUUUUGUUUUUUUUUAAAUAACCGCAUGUUCUAAGUGUGUGUUUUUGUCCAACUUUGCAACAGUUAUUUCAUACAGAUGUUUAAUACUUAAGUUAUUGUGCUUUUUUCUGUUAUGUAUUCUGAUUUUCAAGGAUUACUUUUUUGUAUUAUCAAAAAAAUACAGUUGAACUUAGCAUAAAAAGUGGCCAGCCUUUUUUAUUUUAUCACCAAGGUACACAUAGUCCUUUAUUUAUUAAUUCCUUAAUAUAGAAAAACACCUUUGUAAGGCUUUACUUAUCAAUUCUAGCAAGCACACUCUUUGCAUUAUUUUCUCCCUUUUUAAAUUUAAUGUAGUUAUUAUUUUCAAGUAGUUUUCUUUAAUAGCAUUUUGGAAUUUAACAUGUCCUUUCUCAUACAAAUCCUAAAGCUCUGUUUACAACGGAAAUACCUGUUACAUUAUGAAGACCUAUAAAAAAGUUUUGAAAGGAUUUCUGUCUUCAAAGGUAGCAAGGCAGGAUUAAAUUAAUUUUAUUAAAAUAGACAAAUCAGUCAAUGGCAUGCAUGCAUCUAAUGGUUACUAGAGCUCAGGAUCAUAAAAUAUAGUAGCAUUACAAUCUGUAUAUAUUUUUUAUCAAGAUGAUAAUAAUGGCCUUACUUGGGUUAUUUUUUAUUGUUUAUCAAAUCUUAUAUACAAAAGUAUGGAAAUACUCCUUUAAAAAUUUUCUAAGGGAAAUGUUUCUCCUAAUCUAAUACAGUUGUAGAAUGGAUAUAUGUUUCUAAAAAGUUUUUGAAAGAAAGCAAAAAUUCUAGAAUUAAAAAUAAACUGGCAUUUAAUACCCCAUUGAUAUUUACAACAGAUUAUUACUAAGAAAUGGCAGGCAUAUUUAGUACUGUUUUUAUCUACUAGUUUGCUUUUGGUCCAGUUAAGUGUACUUUUUGAUUGAGAGUGAUGUUUAAGUUUAAAUCAGAUCAGCUUGUUUCUUUUAAAUAUAUACAAGCAUACAUAUUUUUUUCUCCUUUUGGUUGUACAUACGUCCAUGCAUUUUAAAACUUUCUGAAUGGCCUAUGUGUAAAUUUUUGUUUUUAUAAACCUGAAAUUAUACAAAUUUUAAUGUGUGUCAAGAACUUGUUCAGUUCAGCUGUGGUAUCGAGCAAUAAUGUGAAUAACUUUUGAAAUUAUAUAAACUAUGCUUAAUAAUUUGUAUUAAGAAUUGGUACCACUAUACAAUACCUUCUUCCUUGUAUUAAAUCUUUUAAAUACCA